AUGGCAGUGGCUCACAGCACUUCGACAUCUAUUCCUGCACCACGGAGCACCUUCGAGCUGCAGUCACGCCACCCGUCCUGGUGGAAAACCCCAAGGCAGGGUAUCGAUAGAUACAUCGACCACCUCGGUCCGGGAGAGAGAGAGAGACCAUCUGCCCGAAACAGACGCCCACAGGCAGGCCAGGUGCAGGAUGCGCCAAGCCACGGCGGACUUCUGCUAAGUGGACCUACCCAAACAUCUACACGCUGGUCAAGUGUGGUACUUACCUGGACACCAAGCCUGACAAAUGAAUAUCUACCAAGAACAGAGGAGUGCCUGCGACUUCUGAAUGGACCGGACGGUCUCCACUACCCUUAUAAGGCGCUGAACUGCUGUGUUACCAGAUAA